AUGGAUUUCAAAAAUCCAUGGGAAGAUUUUAUUUUCGACCAGACAGUCGAUAAUAUUAAUGAAUCCUCUGACUGUUUUAACAAUAUAAAGCUUAGCAACUUUCCAUUUCUCAAAAGUCAGUUUUCCUCCAUUGACUAUCUCAUAAAGUGUGAAUUAUGCAAUGUUAUGCUUCUUCCGGAGAGCAUUUCUGUGCAUUAUGACGACCGGCACUCAGAGCCCCCAAAGUCUGUCGGUUCUGCUGUCUUGCCAUACGAAGCUGUUUCUUGGUGUGAAUGUCAGGCUGAAAUUGAUUCCAAAAAGGAUCGGACUUCCAAACGUACUAAGGUCGCGCCUCUCAAGCGUUCUAAACGCAACACACCUAACCCCUCAGAUGCCGCGCCUUAUUCAAUUAAAAUGGACAUAUCGAAAACAGUUAUUACAAGUCGAGAAGUAGAAAAGACCAGUCAUGAGGAACUUAGAGAACCAGUUUUGUUGAAAUUAGCAAAAUCAGAUGGAAGAAUAUCUCAAAAUGAGGAAGUGUCCAAAAAGCCUUUAAGGACACCUGCAGAGAGUAAACUCAAUGAGCGAUCUGUGUGGUCGGUUGUUUGUCCAAGAGAGCAUUCUGCUGGUAAUUUUUAUGAACUCACCUCCAAAGGUCAGGUUGAGGAAAGUCGACACCUGGGGAAAGAUAUGUUUGAGUGCCGAUCAAGUUUUAAUCAUUCUAAUGAUUCUGGCAUCGGAUCUCAAGCACAUUCAGUUUUUCGCUGUUCAUCAUAUCCCCCGACACCUUCAUUGUCUCCACAUCUUCCAAGUUCUAGUCCAUCAAAUGUUUCUGAUGACACGACAUUUGGUUUCAACCAGUUCCGGCCUGAAGUUGCAAACCGACCUGUUUCACGCUCAUCCCACUCUAGUUCUAGCAGUGGAAUCGGUAUUUCUGAUCAGCACAAUACUGAUUCUAGCAUUACUAUUCCAACAACAAUUUUCAAUGUAAAUAGUACAAAAGCAGUCACUUCACUUCCUUUAUCAGACAUAAAGUCAACUGCCAAAUGCAAGGUUAAGUGCAAGCUCUCGACGGUUUGCCUUCGGAACAACGUCCCUCUAUGUUCCACUUCCUCUCAACCGGUGAUCUCGGGUGAGGCAUUGACUAAAGUGCAUCCCAGUAGGGAAGUAGAGUCAGCUGUACAUCAUCUAAAAAACAAUCGUCAAGAAUUCGAUGGUAAAUUAAUUAGUAGUGAGUUGAGGCGGAAUGGUUUCCAUAGCUGGAUUACUGGUGAACGACCGACGUCAUUAGAUGCCACACACAAAGCCGAUAACGUUAGACGUUUAUUGGCAUUUCAACGGCUAUCAACCCAAGAAAUCAAACAAUUCUAUUGCAACAAGCCCCUAGACAGAUAAAGAGUGUGCAUUUAGCACCUUCUUUCAUCUCACAAUAUUAUCAAACAGAAAAUUUGGAAGGGAAUGAAGCUUCUACUUCGAGUGACACUAAUCGAUUUGUCCAACCAAAUAUUUUAAUACAACCAGAAAAGUCCUCAAAACUAGACGUGGUAAAUGAUAGUUCAU